UUAGUGACUACGGUUGUCCAGCAGUUUUCGCGUCGCUGUCUCUGUCAAGUGUCUGUACAAGUUCCGUGUCACACAGUAAAGCAAAAGUAUCGUUUAAAAUGUCUUAUAAACCAGUAACACACGUGCUUUUUGAUAUGGACGGGUUAUUAUUAGAUACAGAGAGGUUGUACACUGUUGCCUACCAGCAAGUCUGUGACAGGUUCAAUAAGCAGUAUACCUGGGAAGUGAAGUCCUCUGUGAUGGGCAAGAAAGCUCUGGAGGCUGCCAGGAUCAUAAGAGACAAAAUUGAUCUCCCCAUGACCCCCGAAGAGCUAUUGGAGGAGACCAGACAAAUUCAGGAGCGAUUAUUUCCCACAGCCUCUCUAUUGCCAGGUGUAGAAAAGCUUGUCAAUCAUCUACACAAGCAUGGGAUUCCUAUUGCUGUUGGCACAAGCUCAGCAGGUCUAACCUUCGAGAUGAAGACCAGCCGUCAUAAAGUGUUCUUUAGCCUCUUCAGUCACAUUGUACUUGGAGAUGAUCCUGAAGUAAAGAAUGGCAAGCCACACCCUGACAUUUUUGUGGUUUGUGCCAAGAGAUUCUCUCCCCCAGCCAACCCUGAACAGUGCCUGGUUUUUGAAGAUGCUCCAAAUGGGGUAAAGGCGGGUCUGGCAGCUGGAAUGCAGGUGGUGAUGAUCCCGGAUGAUAACUUGGACCGCAGCCUCACCCAGGAGGCCACCUUGCUGCUUAGAAGCAUGGAAGAGUUCAGACCAGAACUUUUCGGUCUCCCAGCCUACCCAUAAGGACAGUAAUCACCACAGUGAUUUAAAUUCUACUACGCUAUAUCUUGUCAAUUUUUUAAAAAUGGAAUCAGGCUGCAGUGUAGCUCCUGCAAUCAAAAACAAGAGAAACUAAUCUCAACCAUUAUUUCUGUCAGCCAUGGAUUUGCUGUUCAGGGACACAACAGAAUGCUGAUUGUUUCGAUUUUUUUUUUUUUUUUUUUUUAGCCAA